AUGUCGGCUGAACAAACGCAGUUCAAAUGUGGAUAUUGUGGCUUUCUAAUAAAUAGCUACUGCGAAAAUUAUCUGGACCACGAGUGCUUUCGCCGUUUAAUUUCGCAAAACCAAGAUAGGACGCUGGAUCUGUGUGCCAAUGAGCAAAACAUUUUGACUUUGGAACUACCCUCGGGACUACCAAUUAGUCAAAAUGUUGCCGCCCCAGUUGCCAGUGCAAAACUGAACGACGAACUUCUAAUUUCCCUAGUUUAUGCCCGGAAGCCACUGUGGGACUUCAGAACCCCACUACAGGCAAGGCAGGGCAAUAAAGUUGAACAGUUGUGGGAAGAGGUUGCAAAUCUGUUGGGAGUAAAAAAAAGAUGGAGGCAACUGAGGGAUGACUAUAUGAGGGCUAAGAAGAAGGUAACUGCCUAUGUACCAAGUGGUGCUGGUGCUGCAGAUGUACCUCCAAGGCCCACCUUUAAGUAUUAUGACUUAAUGAAGUUUCUGGAGGAAACCGAUGAAGAUACAAUGACUAUUUCCAAUGUAAGCUUGCCCUGCUUGUCUCCAUCAUCAAUGUCUCGAGAGUGCCAAUCCACAGAAGUUCCUAUGGCAACAAAUGUGUCAACUCCAUUUAAAAGCCCUACAUCUGUCGCUCCAUCUUCUACUUUGGGAAAUAAAAGAAGGAGAGGUUCUGUUUCUGGAGAACAGGAUGUAGGAAUCCAGAAUGAAGUACUUAGAGAACUAAGAAAACCAGAAAAGGAACCAGAUGGGGUUGAUGGCUUUUUAGUUCUCCUCGGAGAGGGGUUGAGGAGGUUACCUUUAAAAAACAGAAACCACCUUCAAAUCAAAUUUCUCCAGAUGCUAGAAGAGGAGGAGAUUAAUUUGCAGACAAAUUAA